CCGGCAGGAGGGAAGGCGCGCCCCGAACUCCCAAGCCCGGCCAGGUGGGGCGCGGAGUGCCGCCCCCGAGACCACCUGUCCGGAGUCCGCUCCACCCCUGUCCUUCUCUUGCGCUGGAUCGGACCUGCGGAGAUCUUACCGGGUGUGAAGAGGAGGUGGAAGGGGAUGACCCGAGCCUGAGUGACCCCGCUUCGGCCUGUGCGCGUAAGGGCGGCCCCUGUGUGGGGUGGAGCUCCCUGUCUCUACUCCUGUCCCCCACCCUGUGGUGGGCCACUGGCUGCAGGAUGAACUGUCGCUCGGAGGUGCUGGAGGUGUCGGUGGAGGGGCGGCAGGUGGAGGAGGCCAUGCUGGCUGUGCUGCACACGGUGCUCCUGCAUCGCAGCACAGGCAAGUUCCACUACAAGAAGGAGGGCACCUACUCCAUCGGCACCGUGGGCACCCAGGAUGUCGACUGUGACUUCAUCGAUUUCACCUACGUGCGAGUCUCCUCGGAGGAGCUGGACCGUGCCCUGCGCAAGGUUGUUGGGGAAUUCAAGGAUGCACUGCGCAACUCAGGUGGCGAUGGGCUAGGGCAGAUGUCCUUGGAGUUCUACCAGAAGAAGAAGUCUCGCUGGCCUUUCUCAGACGAGUGCAUCCCCUGGGAAGUGUGGACGGUCAAGGUGCACGUGGUGGCCCUGGCCACGGAGCAGGAGCGGCAGAUCUGCCGGGAGAAGGUGGGUGAGAAGCUCUGUGAGAAGGUCAUCAACAUCGUGGAGGUGAUGAACCGGCACGAGUACCUGCCCAAGAUGCCCACGCAGUCGGAGGUGGACAACGUGUUUGACACAGGCUUGCGGGACGUGCAGCCCUACCUCUACAAGAUCUCCUUCCAAAUCACCGAUGCCCUGGGCACCUCGGUCACCACCACCAUGCGCAGGCUCAUCAAAGACACCCUUGCUCUCUAGGCCGUGCUGGGUGCCUUGGUGCUCCUUGAUGGCUUGCAGACCUUGGCUUCUGGGGAUUGUACUGUUAGGGCCCUGGGGCUCUGGAACCUGCUCCGGGUCCUGAUAAGACUUGGGAGGGCCAUCCCCUGGCUUCCUUGAUUUGUGGUUGCCAGUCUCUGGUCAGCCUCGUAACCUUCACUGACGGUCAAGUCAGGCCAAUACUGUCCCACCUCUGGUGGCUCCCCCUUCUCUACUGUAUAGAAGGGCCAUCACUGUGAUGGUGAAUAAAGUUGAGAAUGUGAGUUUGGGUUAA